AAGCGUGGAGACGCUCGCUCCGUGGAAUAACAGCGCGGUGAGCGCGUACAAGCUGAUGGAUCUGCCGGCGCACGCCACUACGGUGGCAAUGGAGCAGGAUACUCGGCACCCGUUUCCAACCGUGGAUGUACCAGACCAUGCCCAUUACACCAUUGGCUCUGUCAUUCUGGCAGUAGGAAUCACAGGCAUGGUGGGCAACUUCUUGGUCAUGUAUGCUUUCUGCAAGAGUAGGAGUCUGAGGACACCUGCCAAAAUGUUUAUCAUUAACCUGGCUGUCACCGAUUUUCUGAUGUGUGUCACUCAGACGCCAACCUUCUUCACCACCAGCAUGCACAAGCGGUGGAUCUUCGGCGAGAAAGGCUGUGAGUUAUAUGCAUUCUGCGGUGCUCUGUUUGGCAUCUGCUCAAUGAUCACACUCAUGAUUAUUGCAGUGGAUCGAUACAUUGUCAUCACUCGCCCUCUGGCUUCCAUUGGCGUUAUGUCACGCAAACGCGCCCUGGUCAUACUCGCCGCUGCGUGGCUUUACUCAAUGUGCUGGAGUCUGCCUCCUUUCUUCGGAUGGAGUGCAUAUGUUCCUGAAGGUCUGCUGACUUCAUGUUCGUGGGAUUACAUGACCUUCAGUCCAUCUGUACGCGCUUACACCAUGUUGCUCUUUAUCUUUGUGUUCUUCAUUCCCCUCUUUGUCAUCAUGUACUGCUACAUCUUCAUCUUCCGGGCCAUCCGUGAUACCAACAGAGCUGUGGGAAAAAUCAAUGGAGAAGGAGGAUCCAAAGACUCGAUCAAGAAAUUCCACCGGAUGAAGAAUGAAUGGAAGAUGGCAAAGAUAGCACUCAUAGUCAUCUUGUUGUAUGUCAUCUCCUGGUCUCCUUACUCAUGCGUGGCACUCACAGCUUUUGCAGGGUGA